AUGCAAGCUGACGUUGACGGCCGGCCGGACAAGAGUCCACCAUGCAGCAAGGACAAGGAUGCCGCAAAUCCAGAGCCAGAGACACCAGCAGUAGCAGCCCAGUUGUUAACAGAGUCGACUGCAGAGUCAACACCUCAAUCUCCCGUCACAUCGCCAUCAUCAGCACUCCUGCUCUCGCAAUCCCAUCCGGAGCCGAUUGCGGUGCCCAUUGAGCAGACCGCGGACGCUUCUACCUCGUCAAACUUCCAGCGCAAUCCCCGGUACCUGACCGACCGCGACGGCAAUCGUGUCUCCUUCUCCUCACUCUACUCGCUCACCUCCAGUAUUUACUCUGCGCAGGGAGAUAGAGACAGAAUACCCAGCACUGCCGUGUCCAGUGUCGACGGCUCCGGCAAGCGUUCCGCCAUGGAUGACCCGCGGCCCGUUUCUAUCGGGCUACCUACUCGGCCUGAUUCCUCGCUGAACACGCCUGCGCUGGGAACAUCUCCCUCUCCGGGGUCUACGUCUCCAGGCCUCACUUCUCAAUUUCAGAAUCACUUAGCUAAGCCAGACGAUGGCAGGUCUCAGGCCUGGCUCCCACGUCCUGGACGCUCGUCAAGCAGGACGCCUCGACGCUUUAGCGCGAGUACCGGUGCAAGCAGUGCCAGUGAAGCUGAAGCACGUCUGCCUCUCAUAGGCAGGAUUGGAGUGUGUGCACUCGACGUCAAGGCGCGUAGCAAGCCCAGUCGCAAUAUCCUGACCCGCCUACAGGCAAAGGGCGACUUUGAGGUCAUUGUCUUUGGUGACAAAGUCAUCCUCGAUGAAGAUGUGGAGAAUUGGCCCGAAUGUGACUUCUUGAUCGCCUUCUUCUCCGACGGAUUUCCUCUGGACAAGGCCAUUGCAUAUGCAAACCUCCGAAAACCGUUUUGCAUCAAUGACCUCCCCAUGCAACAAGUCCUGUGGGACCGUAGAUUAUGCCUUCGCAUUCUAGACCAGAUGGCUGUGCCCACACCUAAGCGGGUGGAGGUGAACCGUGAUGGCGGUCCCACGCUAGCAUCUCCUGAGCUUGCCCAGCACGUCUACAACCUAACCGGUGUACGUUUGGAAGGCCCUCCAGACGGCACCGGCGGUGGCACCCCGAAAACCCAAUCCGUGACCAUGUCGGAGGAUGGAGAAGCCCUCAUUGUCGAUGGAAAGGUCUUCAAGAAGCCCUUUGUAGAGAAACCUGUCAACGGGGAGGACCACAAUAUUCACAUAUACUUCCCAAAUGACCAAAAUUAUGGAGGCGGAGGCCGCAGGCUCUUCCGUAAAGUAGGUAACAAGAGCUCUGAAUACGAUGCCGAGCUAAAGGUUCCUCGGUCCAUAACCGAGCCGAACGUUAGCUACCUCUAUGAACAGUUUCUCCGUGUUGACAAUGCUGAGGAUGUCAAGGCCUACACUGUUGGACCAGAUUACUGCCACGCUGAGACCCGCAAAUCGCCAGUUGUCGACGGCUUGGUCCGCCGAAACACCCAUGGUAAAGAGCUACGAUAUAUCACAAAUCUAGGCAAAGAGGAAGCUACCAUGGCUUCCAAAAUAUCCAAUGGGUUUGGUCAACGUAUCUGCGGCUUCGACCUUCUUCGCGUUGGAGAUGCAUCCUACGUCAUAGACGUCAACGGCUGGUCGUUUGUUAAAGACAACAACGACUAUUACGACAAAAGUGCCAAAAUUCUGCGUGAUAUGUUCACUCGCGAAAAGCUGCGAAGGGAGGGGAAACUUGACCUUUCCGAAGCCCCAAGCGAAACACCCAGCGCGCCACGCAAGUCCAUCUCUGGGUCACACAGGCACGCACUCAAGUCACUGUUGAAAUCACCCAGUGUAUCAAGAUUACAUGGCGACCUCGCCGGCAACAAACCUCCCCUUUCGCCUCCAGGCAACACAAGCGCAAUCACCUCAAUGUUAGAGACCGUCGCUCAAUCUACAAAACCAAGCCAUUCCAAAGACCUAUCCGAUACGAGCGCCAACUCUGCCCCUGAACAUCUGCUAGCUAGCCCUCUACCACCGCCCGUGGAUACCCCCACUGCCCCGCCACCAUCAUCUAAACAUUCCUGGAAACUGAAGGGCAUGGUAGCAGUGAUCAGACAUGCAGACCGAACCCCGAAACAGAAAUUUAAGUUCACCUUCCACACUCAACCGUUCGUCGACCUCCUCAAGGGUCAUGAGGAGGAAGUCAUCAUCAGAGGAGCCACGGCUCUACGCAGCGUAUCUAAUGCUGUAAGCCAAGCCCUGAAGGAAGGCAUUGAAGACAGGGACAAACUCAUGCUGCUGAAACGCUCAUUGGACCAUAAAGUUGAAUGGCCGGGAACAAAGGUGCAGAUAAAACCUAUGUUCCGGCGCCGGAAUUCCCAGGAACUGCGGAAGGAUCACACCUCACCGGCUAUCACCCCAUUAACCAUGACUGAAAUGCAGCCGACUGCAACUUCACCAUCUACUCCCACGGACGCUAACCCGUCUCGUAUGACACGCAGUGACUCCCUGUCUGGUCCGACCUUCUCUCGUUUCUCGGCUGUAGAGAACGACUUGGUAUUGGAUAAACUGCAACUAGUGAUAAAGUGGGGUGGGGAGCCGACUCACGCAGCUCGUUAUCAAUCGCAAGAUGUUGGGCUAACAAUGCGAGAUGAUCUAAAGCUUAUGAAUAAGGAGGCCUUAAACGAUGUUCGGAUGUUUACGAGUUCGGAGCGAAGGGUUAGUACAAGUGCCCAAAUAUUUGCAUCGACAUUCCUUGAUCAGAAAGAUCUACCUGAUGACUUCAUUCAAGUAAGAAAGGACUUGUUGGAUGAUUCAAAUGCUGCCAAGGACGUAAUGGACAAGGUGAAGAAGAAGCUGAAGCUGCUACUACGAGAGGGCAACUCGGCCCCCCCUCAAUUCGCAUGGCCGAAAGAGAAUUUCCCCGAGCCCUCCACUGUGCUAUCCACUCUGGUUGAGUUGAUGAAAUUCCACCGUUGCGUGAUGCGUCACAACUUUCAAAAAAUAGAAAAUCACCCUGACACCCAUCCUGGCGCUUUCGAGGCAUCAUCGCAGUCUGAAAAAUCGCCAUUCGCCGACAUCCAAGGCCGAUGGUGCGCCGGGGAGGAUCCACAGCUCUUCAAAGAGCGCUGGGAGAAGCUAUUCAAGGAGUUUUGUGAUACAGAGAAGGUUGAUCCUAGUAAAUUAUCCGAACUUUACGACAGUAUGAAGUUCGACGCGCUUCAUAACCGGCAGUUCUUGGAGUGGGUUUUCCUUCCACCGGACGACUUCAUUUACGAGGGCGAGAGCGACAAAGAACGGGCUGGGCACGUCACAUCCUCACAUUUUACAGAGUCAACCUCCAAUGGAAGUCCAGAAAGCAAUGGUUCUACUAACAGCACCAGCAACAAGUCGCGCCCCCCUGGCCUCAUAGCGCCCCUUGAAGACUCUUACGACUCUUACUUCAAGCUCUACCCUGGCUCAACUCCCUCCAAGCCGAAGAUCGACAAACGUCUUUCCCGCCUCAAACACCUGUAUAGUCUGGCUAAGGUGCUAUUCGACUUCGUCACGCCUCAAGAAUACGGUAUUGCUGAUCACGAAAAACUUGAAAUCGGCCUUCUCACCUCCCUUCCCCUCCUUCAAGAAAUCGUAAUGGAUCUUGAAGAAGUGCAGGCCUCCCCAGACGCCAAGUCGUUCUUUUACUUCACCAAGGAAUCUCACAUCUACACACUCCUCAACUGUAUCCUUGAGGGUGGGUUAAAGACGAAGAUCGCCCGCCGUACAAUACCAGAACUUGAUUACCUCUCUCAGAUUUGUUUCGAACUCUACGAAUCCCGUGAUGCAGAGGCCGAGACGUUCGCAUACUCGAUUCGCAUCUCAAUCAGCCCAGGUUGCCACACAUUCGAUCCGUUGGAUGUCCAGUUAGACUCUAGACAUGCCAUCGGUUGUGCGCCUCGACGAAGCCUGACGGCGCAUCAGAAUUGGAAAGAAGUGAUUGAGACGUUAAAGGCGAAGUUUGACACUGUUAAACUACCCAAAUCGUUUAUCGCAAUUAACCUUAGUGAUAAACACGCUGCGGGUCGAGAAGAUGAACAACCCUAG